UCGUUUCUGAUGAUUCUUGAAGAACCCGAGCGGGAUGACAUAUUCAUUUGACAAGAGGGCUAAAAGUGUUAUGGUGAUUAAUUAUCGGAGAAAACUAUUGUGCUACAAAGGAUUGUGGGAGGAGCUGCCUGUAGAGAGAAGCUCACGUGACAGUUGAUGUCCUCAUCAAAUUUGUCAGAACGUAAAGGUUACAAAAUUUGAUUGAAACGCCAUCAAUAUUGCAGUUGACCUAGAGUUACUUAAUUUUCUAUGUACUGACGCAAUCUUUAUCACAUGCAAGUUUUCCGUGGUGGGGAAGAGCAGAGCAUUGCUUUUUUGGCUUUCCCUAUGUUGUUUAAACCAGGACAGAUAUAAUACAAAAACGGGUAAUUAUGCAUAGGAUUGAAGUUCGUAGCUUUUUUGUUACUUAAUAUUGAAGUAAAAGUUGAUAUUAGCUACAACAGUAAUGAAAUUAUACAAAUAUAUCAACUUAUAGAAUGAAAAACACUGAGAAAGUAGAAAACACUGUUUUUUUUAAUUCAUCUAACUGUAAUUACGGAUGAAUGAACGCUUAGAAAAGUUCGUGGAAAGCUGAAAGGCAAGAAAGGGUUUUCCUCCGCAUAAUAUUCGUUCCAAUUUGGCAUUAUCAGACAACUUUGCCACUUUAGCAUCAUGUGCAUUACAAGUUGGGGAAUUUUACAGAUAUGGCUGCAUUUGAAAUUAUGUAUAUUAUUUCUAACUGUGAUUGUUCCUUUCCUUUUCAUUGUCAUUUUACCGUAUUUCUUUGUACAUUUUAGAACAGCAUUGAUAUGAAAGGACAUUUCUCUAAUAAUAAACUUUAAGUUCAAAACUUUCUAGCCGUAGAAAUAUGCUUCACUCCCUCUGUGGUCUAUAAGAUAGGAUACCAAUACGACUUCAAACAAACGUGAAAGGGGUUCUGUUUUUAAGUCCUAGGGGUCACCUGGCACCUUAUAUAUGGAGGAAGGGGGGAUCAAUCCGAUAACUUGGUAGAUUUAAAUUGCCAAAAGUUUUAAGCAUAAAUAUUUUUUCGAUCUGUGUUAUAAUGACUUUAAGUUGCAACAAGUCAAUGGUCAUGUACUUGCGAACUUUGUUGUUUCGAAAUUGUGUUUCUCCGAUCUGAUUCAUGAAUAGUAGGUCUGGUAGUUUUCGGUUAAUUUGAGUGUGUGAGCUUUGACUGAAAAGUAAUUCUGACAGAGAGACCCCUGCACAAAUAUAUCAAUUCAUUACUUGCACGUUUAAUGAAACCUGUACGAAUGUGGUUUCUGGAAAUAAAGUCGUCUACAUAAAGAAUUGUAUAAGCCACCGGUAACAAUAGUGCUCUUUCCUUGCACAAUUAUAUCUUCUAAAGUCCUGCUAAAAGGGGAACUCAAUUUCGAUGUCUCCACGCAGACUAGGAAGGAUACCGUACAAGAAGAAGAUUGUUUUUUUUAUCAAGAAUCAAUCUUUUGCAAGCUUAUGUUUGAGUUUAAGAGAGAUAAAAUGGUAGAGUUCAAAACCCCUCGACUCAGUGUGACCAGAUCUAGCAUAAUAUAAUGCUUUCAGCAUAACAUUGACCAAAAAUCGUCAUUUAGCAUAAAAUCUAGCAUAAUUUGGAAUCUAGCUUAACUCUGGCAUAAUUUUGAUAGUUUUUUAUCGCUGUUUCCAUUGAUCUGUUGUCUAUCACCACCAAAUGGAAACACUUUACACAAGAAUGUGUGACUUUCCACUUUCAGGGUUUAGCCAGGUGUUUGGAACGGUUGGCAGCCAAAUAUUUUAUGGUUGGCAGCCAAAUUCAGUCAGCUAAAUUCAGUACACAAAAAAGCUAAAUUUUUUACAAUUGCGGGGAGUGAUAGUGUAAUCAAAAUUUGCUUUGUAGGUUACAAAGCUUUCAUUUACUUUUAUCUUACAUUGUCUGUUAUCUUUUACGUUGUUUCAUGUUUCUUUAUUUGCAGUUUAGAAAUCAUUUUAAAACAAAUUUGAAUAUCCUCUAUGUAAAAAAUUUAUUUUCCUUUGCAUUUUUUGUGAUUUUUUGCAACAUGCUGCCAGAAUUCUGCCAACUUUUGCUUCUUCGACCAAAUCAAUUUAUGACGGCCAAGGGGUUAAGAAAUUUGGAUGUCAAAACCAUUAAUCUAAAUUGCCAUUUUGUGUAGAAAAGAUGGCAAUUUUGAGUACACUGUGUUUUAGAUUGGGGGUCAAAAAGGCCAAAUGGAAACUUUGGUCACUUUUGUUAUUCUGAGCAUCCUCUAGCCUCUUUUACAAGCAGGGUUGCCUUGAUUUGAAAUUUAUCAUAAUUUUUGCAAAUCUAGCAUUAUUUUAUGACAAAUUUGGCAUAAUUCCAAAAUUGAGAUAUCUGGUCACACUGCCUCGACUUAACUUCACUUUUGCAGCCCGUUUGUCCGUUGAACAGGCUCUGUUGUCAAAACAAGACCACCUUUGACAAGAGCGAGUUGGACGAGGUGAAUGAUUUGUUGGUCCUGUUUUUCUAUCGUAUUUUAGGUCGAUUUUUAGCCCCUUUUUCAUAGGCCAACUAUCAUGUUUUUAUAUACCCUUUUUGAGGAAGAAAAGUUCCAUUUUGAUCUUUUGCUGGUCUUGUGUUCAAAUGUUCAAACAAUGGUUUUCCUGGAUUAUGAGUCCUACUUAUGAGACACAUGGCUUGAAAACGAGGGGGCCAUCCCAAAUAGGUUUUUCUCAGCAUAUAUCUUUAUGGAAAGUCUGCGGGAGAUGGUCCUGUCCCUCCCUUGACAUGAUCCCUAAAAUGGUUCCAUAUUUCUUUACUUUAUUUUGUGCUUUAUAACAGGACGGUUCCUAGUUGCUACUCCGAGUUUUUACGCUUUAUGCGUUCAUCAGGCAACUGCCUAUAUAGCAUCGAGCAAUUUAUUACAUAUUGGUACACAGUAGCUUUAAUAUUUUUAUUUUUUAUUAUUUUUUAUUAUUUUUUUCUUAUUGACCCAAUCUGGUAUUGCUGAAAACACCAUGAUGAUCGCUUCAAAUGAACUGCUGUGGCGGAGGAGCAGAUAAGUAGAAUGUAUGUUGUUGUUGUCACUGUUGCUUCUGUUGUUGUUGCAGCUGCAUGUUUACAAGUUUUAUGUUGUUUACCACGUUGUUCUGUGGUUUCUACCCCUUUUUUAAGUAAAAGGGGGUUUGACUUAAAACUAACCGCAAUAAAAAAAUAUUGAUUAUCGAAAUGAGACGAAGGGCUGAUUCUAAUUGCAACAAUACCGAAACUGGAGCUAAAACCAGAGCGAUAGGAAAUGGUGCAGUCCCGUUUAGAGUGCAUGCUGAUCUGAAUUCCAAGAGUAUUUAUCUAGACUUUAACGCGACGACCCCUUUGGCACCAUCAGUUCUGGAUGCAAUAUACGCAACUUUGAAAUAUGCCUGGGGCAAUCCGAGCAGCUCUUACAAAGAAGGAAGGAUGGCCAAAGAAAUAAUCGAUGAGUCGAGGAGCCACGUUGCAAGGAUGAUUGGCGGCUUUGCUACUGAAAUAGUGUUUACCUCUGGAGGUACUGAAGCAAAUAAUAUGGUUUUUCAUUCUGUAAUUAGAAACUUUAAGAGGUUAUCUGCUGAAAGUCAAGCGCAGAAUAUGACUUGUGAACGUCCGCAUGUUAUUACCUCCAAUAUUGAGCACGACUCGGUUAUUCUUGCGUUGAUGUCGUGGGAGAAGGCGGGAGAAAUUGAGCUCACAGAAGUGCCAGUUUCGAAGAAAACAGGUCAAGUGAAUGUCGAGGAUGUCAUGCUUGCAAUUAAACAGAACACAGUGUUAGUUUCAAUCAUGUUUGCAAACAAUGAAACUGGUGUCAUUCAGCCAAUAGAAAAAAUAUCUGAAUCUGUGAGAAUAAAGAACAUAUCAAGACAAAAAGACAAUCUUCCUCGAGUUUACCUUCACACUGAUGCUGCACAAGCCAUUGGAAAGAUACCUGUUGAUUCUUCUUUGCUCAAUGUUGAUUAUUUGACAAUUGUUGGACAUAAAUUCUAUGGACCAAGAAUAGGUGCUCUUUUUGUUCAUAAACUUGGAACUGAAAACUCAUCACCCCUGUUUCCAAUUUUUUAUGGUGGUGGACAGGAAAGAAAUUAUAGACCAGGUACAGAGAACACUGGAAUGAUUGCUGGCCUAGGUGAGGCUUGCAGAUUGGUGACAGAAAACUUAGACAGCUACAUGAAUCACAUGCAAAAGGCCAGAGACUAUCUUGAAAACCAGCUGGAAAUAGAAUUCAGGGGAUGUAUCAAUAUCAACAACAGAUUCAAGUGUUCCAGGCGCUUACCAAACACAUGUAAUGUUUCAAUUCUUGGAAAAAAUUUGCAAGGAAGAAAGGUAUUAGCAGCUGCAAAAUACCUACAGGCCAGCGUUGGAGCUGCUUGCCAUUCAAACAAUGGAGACAAACCAUCUCAUAUUCUCACUGCCUGUGGAAUACCAGAAGAAAUCGCAAAAAAUGCCCUAAGAUUGAGCAUUGGUAGAGAGACAACUGAAAAUGAUAUUGAUUUGGUUGUUCAAGAUCUGAAGGAUGCAAUUUUAGAUUAUAAAACAACCACGGCGAAACAUCAGAAUACGUACCUUCAAAAGCUUAUUUUUUCAAAGCAGCGCAAAGCACUAGGAGAUCUAACGUACCACAUAUUUUCUUCCCUUAUGAAUAUGCCAAAAAAUUGAGGAUGUUUCUUUAUUAUGUUUCAAAAAAUUUUCACGAGUAUUUCAAUUGUUUGCCUUAUGUUCUGUUAAUUUUGACUUUCUUCGCGAGGGGGGGAGGUGGCUGCAUCUCCCAUCUCAAGCUGUUAUGUUUCCAGUUUUUUAGUUCGAGCGAUUUUGCUGUUUUCUACGAGCCGUAAUCUUUUCAAGGCGACCUCAGCUGAGCGUCAAUCCUUUCGUCUUAAAAAAGGGAACAAUAUUUGAUUUUCUGAAAGAAAGAAAUAUCAUCAUGGCCGGAAGGGCAACCCCCUUAGUCAGGCCCUUAUACGAGCUGCAUCUAAAGGUAAAUUUCCCUUGUGUAUUGCAAAAGCAAAAGAACCAUCUGGCCAUAUAACCUAUUAUAUCCGUUGCAAAUCACCUUCGUAGAAUUUAUGCCUAAGACUCUCUCAUAUCUAUUCGGUCAUAUGUACAAUAUUUUUAAUUGUUUUAAAAGAUUUCCGCUCACUGAUACUGUGGUGGACGUAACUUUGUAAUAUUUAUACUGUUUAUUAACCUUUCUUAAAGUGUAUUCAAACUUUAGUUUGUUAUGUUCAUCAAGCUACUAUAUUUAUCGAAGUUUUAGCAUGUAUUUAUCAGGCAAUUCGCGGAGCAUUUGCUGUAGCAACAACAUCAGUAGAGACCCUAAAUUAAUAACAGAAUUCUUGAUGUAUUUUUAAUGAGAAAUACUGGCUUUAAAUUCUGUGAAGGCUUCCUCUGCUCGGUCGAUUUUAAUCUCGUAACUUAAUGCUGCUGUUCAUGGAUUUCGUUGGGUCACUUUCAAUCAAAUUCCAGGGGGGGGGGUGUGCUAGAGGUUUCUGAUUGGAUAUGAAUCUGCCCCUGGAGGCUUUAAAUCGCGGAAGUAAUAUCUUCCCAAAAUGAAAUUGAUAGUAAAUUUGUUCUUUGUCUACCUCAACGACAGCAUUGGAUCACAGAUAAAAGAAUCUCAAUCUUUGAUUGGUUAUUUCUUUUUACCGGUCUGUCACAAAAUGCUCGAUGCCAUACAAGCUCUAAUGUGUAGAACCGAAGAGUUUCACGACUAAUGCGAUCAUCAGGCGACCACCGUAAAUUCUCGAAUAAGCCUCCACCUAAAAAUCAUUUUUGCAAAUAAGCCCCCCCCCUUCGAAUAAGAGAAGCAUAAUUGCAGAUUAAUACUGUAUCCCAUUUCAAGAAAGCCCCCACAGGACAAUAGCUAUACAGUAUUACUUCCUUUGACUGGAGACCAAAAAGCAAAAAAGCGACUUUUGUGAUGAUAAAAAAUUAUAAUAUUUGUUAGAUCUUCACACUUAUUGUAAUUUUUCAAUUUAUUUCAUUGAGAAAUAUAUGCUGUUUUUAUGUCGACCUUUGAGG